UCAAAUCCUUGCUCCCUCAGAGCCGGAGUUUUUCCGAAAAACUUAAAUAAUUUCUACAAAUUAUAACAUAAAACCUCCAAGAUGGUUGAAGCACAAAAAUAUAGGAUUGAGCAAGAAAUGACCAAUAUGGUCAAUGAGCUGGACAAAAGUUAUUUGCGAAAAAUGCAGGGAGACAUGCACCGUUGUGCAGCGAAGUGCUGUGACGACACGCAGACAUCGUUGGAAAGAGUGCACGGCUGCAUCGAGAAUUGUACCACACCGUUGAAUCAGGCCAAUAACUAUGUUCAGGGUGAAAUAAAUCAUCUUCAAAACAGACUUCAGAGGUGUGUAAUGGACUGUAACGAUGCGGCCAGAGAUCGUUUGGGGCCUGAUCCUAGUCAGGAAACGGUGGACAAAGCAACGAUAGACUUCGAAAAGUGCGCAGUGAGGUGUGUCGACAAACACAUGGCAAUCAUUCCUAGCAUGAUGAAGACGAUGAAGAAAGUCCUGGCCAGCGGCAAACCUCCACCACCGAAGAACGAAUGAUUGUACUUGUAUAAGGUAGAUUACUGACCUCAUUACCUUGUUGUAAGGUACAAAACUAUUUUCAACUUGCUAUGGAUAUAAUUUUAGUCGAAUAAUGAACAGUUUUUGUAUUCAAACCAAUGCAUUUAUUGAUGCAUUUCCACUAAGUAAUGAAACUUCACAAUCAAUAUUUUUUUAUAAAAAACAGAUUAUUGUCGUAAAAUCUGUAUUAAUUUCUAGCUAUAAACCUUAUUAUGAACCGAUUAGUUCUAAACUUUAUUUAAAGUAAAAGGCCUAAAUAUUGAAAUUUGAAUUUGUCUUAAAAAUUAUAGUAUGAAGAGAGAUUUGUCUCAUAUUUGGGGAAUGUACUAUGUAUGAGUAGUCUUAUGCCCGUAUUCACAAACAUUACUAUGAGGUCUCACAGUGCGCGUAGACGCA